UCGUCAACCAUGGAUGUUUUGGCGAAUUACAGUAUUUUCCAGGAACUCCAACUCGUCCAUGACACUGGUUAUUUCUCGGCGAUGCCUUCCCUGGAGGAGAACUGGCAGCAGAGUCACAGCGGGAGCUGCUGCCUGUCCCCAGCAGUCACUGGCCGAGAGGCGGGACACGCCCUGAAAGGGUCGCCAGUUCAUCUCAGGCCAACACACACACACACACACAGGAUAAACAACCACACACACACAGGCUUACAACUCAGGACACUUUCUACAGAGACCAAUUAACCUAAUAGUGUUUUGGUGUUGUGGGAGGAAGUCCUUCAUACAGCAUGCUAAAUCCGUAUAGUCACCUCAGAUUGGGAUUCAAACCCAGGACCUUCUUGUGACAGUGUGGCCCUGAAUGUGACCAAAUGAAAUUGACAUGCCCAUAACAUGUCAAUUUCUUUUUUGCUUUAUUGCCAAGCAGGAGUCAAAGUGGCACCGUAAGUGUCUCGUUGUGGAGGGGUUCCUUUGGGACGUCGGGCUGAAAGACGGUGUGUACGGCGGCGCUACAGCGAAGACAUGUCUAGAGUUGGAGAGGUAUCUACAGACGGAGCCCAAGAGACUCUCGGAGCUCUUUGACGAGGAGUUGGACUGUCUCCUAACACCAGCCUUCAUGCAAGGCGGCGACAGCGAUGAAGACCUGAUGGACCCGCUCCUGCCCAGCCUCCCCGACCAGCCGAGCCCACCGCCGUUGCUCGUAACCCUCCCCAAGGUUCAGGCCAAAAUCCUUCAGGUGGCCAGUCCAAACAAGGGUCAGGCGAUAGCCGGAACCGACACAAAGGAGCAAGUUCUCGGAGGAGUCAGCGCCGCGCAGCUCAGCGCCGCCGUCACGUCCCUGACGCCGCCGUCGUCGCCGGAGCUCGGCCGUCACCUCUUUAAGCCCACACAGACGCUCACGGCCACGGCGGAUGGCACGUUGACGCUUAAGCUGGUGGCGAAGAAGGUGGGACUAGGGGCGACCAAGGUGGUGGCGGCACGUGCGUUGCCUUCCCCGCCGAGCCGAGGAGGAGCGCUGAGUGACGGCGAGCAGGGAGGCGGUGGAAGUCUGGGAGGAGAUAUUCCUGAGAACAAGAAGAGAGUCCACAGGUGCCAGUUUAAUGGCUGCAGGAAGGUUUACACCAAGAGCUCCCAUCUGAAGGCACAUCAGAGGACCCACACAGGUGAGAAGCCCUAUAAGUGCUCAUGGGAGGGCUGCGAGUGGCGCUUUGCCCGCAGCGACGAGCUGACGCGACACUACCGCAAACACACCGGAGCGAAGCCAUUCAAGUGCAACCACUGCGACAGGUGUUUCUCUCGAUCGGACCACCUGGCCCUGCACAUGAAGAGGCACAUCUGAGGGUCGGAAAGGAGAGGAGUGGACGAGGAAGACGACUGGUGGAGGAUGAAGAGGAGUAGUGGCAGGAGAGAGGAAUGGCCGGAGAAGCUACAAAACCGUUAAAGAGCAAAAACCCUCAACGGUUGCUUCGAGGAUCUCCAUCGGAGAAGAGGGGGAAAAGGAGGAGACGAAGAGUAGCUAGAUUGUUGUUUUUCUUUAAUAUUACACAUUCACAUUUUGCAGCAGUACACACUUCGCACAUCCGUCUUCUAUUGCAUCAUCCCGGUGAACCCUGGCUGCUCUCUUGCAGCUCGCGGGUCUUGGACACUGCCAAACCGUGCUUGAGUCGCUCGACGAAACACUCCGCCGCCUUACUUUCUUUCUGUGUAUUCAACCCGUUUCAAUUAGUGAGUCAUUUUGGUGAAGAAGCAGUCCAGCGGGGUCGGGGGGGAAACUCUUUAAUAUUCACUUAGUCAGUGCUUUCAAAUACUCAAUGUUUUUACUUGCCGUUUUUUUUUGUGUGUGUGUGUUUUCUUUCCUACAUGAAACACAUGAGGAAAUAUCAUCCGCCGCACUCAGCUGUAAUCUAUGUGGGAGAAAAACAACAACGACGCGGCGUCUGCGGGGAGAGACGCCAUGCGGAUCGAGACUGACAAUCGACGCCCCUCUCCACCCCCCUCUCUCGCCCGACGGGGCGUUUCGGGGCGUUCGUGGGAAAUCGGUCAGCAGAUGCUGCUGCAGCUCUCAGGCUCUCCUCCGAAGAAAAAAUAAAAGGGGGAGUUCGCAUCUCUCGACCUUCGCCGAGACGCCUGCCGCCUCCGCCGGCCAUCCGACAGAAAUGCGCAGCGACACUUUCUUCCCGUUUUUUUUCUACUUUAAAGAACAAUAAUCCUUCUUAUUGCUAUACAUAAUUUUGGAAAAAGGAAAAAAAAAAAAAAAAGAAAAAAAGUAAGACAUUUUUGCGCUUUUCUCUCUUGGAGAAAACUUCUUAGAGCUCACUGAAAUGUUAGAGGAAAGACUGGAUGUCUAAGGUGACUUCAACAAAAUGUGUGGGAAGCGAAGGAGAGCGUUGUUGGUCUUUUUUUUUUAUAUUCCCGUGCGCUCUGACUCUGCAGACUGUGUGAGCAGCCGAUGGAUGGGGUGAAAGAAAAAAAAAACUGAAACAGCUCAGAGUAAAGGAUCGGUGUUUUAUUUGGACUGAAAUAAAAGCAAAAAGCAGAGAGGUCUUCAUUUUUUUUUCUCUCUCUGGCGCUCUUUCUGCCCUGCAACCCAACACAGCUCAAACACAGAACAACAAACCCCAGGAUGACCCCCCGCGUUCUUAAGAGGGAGGACUCGCUCGCGUAAAAAAACUGGCAAACUUUUUUUUUUUAUUAUUCAUUAGUCUCUUCUUUUAUUCUGAAAGUCAUCCAUGUGCGUUUCCACCAACUCAGAGGAUCCAUCUUCCUGGCAGCACUGCAGGGCGAGAACUGGGGCUCAGAGAGCUGCUGUUUAGCUUUUUGCUUCUUUUUUUUUCUCCCGCACAUGGGACUGAAGAUGCCAGCUUUCACGUUCGUAUGUUGGUUUUGGACAGAACUGGUCACACAGACCCCGGCGACUUCGCCUGUUUUGUAUCCAUUAACUGCACUUACUUCUUUUAUUUUAAUGUUAUCUGUGCUUUUUUUCUACAGCUUAAAAUAAGAAAGAAAAAAUGAAACACAAUGGAAAAAAAAACUAUAAAAGACUGUUAAAAAUACUACACAAAAAACAGCUCUUUCUCUCUCUUUACACUUUGCAUACAGAACAAGCACAUGUACUCCGUCAACACACACACACACACAUUUUGCAGUUCCUACGCUCCUGGCGCCUCUCAAGAUAAGACUAAUAAGAAAUAGAAAAAUAAUUAUUAAGCUAAUGAAGAGAGUUGGAAAACAAAACGCAGCAUGGCAGGCUUUAUUGCAAACACACACACACACACACACGCCGGCUCAUGAACACACACAGACAGACAGACAGACAGACUCACACUCUUCGUGGAAUUACAUGUUCUGUUCCCAAAUCUUUUUUCACAGUAGGAAUUUAGCAACUGUUGUUUGGUGGAAGAGUAUCUUAGCUCUCGGCUGGAGGUAACAAUCCCAAAUCCUUUUGAAGUGAGAAAUCGGCUUGUUCUCAGCUCCAACAGUCACCCACAGAAACCCUCGCUGCAGUCUGCGCCUCGUGUUUAAUCGGUUCCUGUACCGUUGGCGACGGUCGGUGUUUUGUAGUCGGCGGGUGAGGAAGGGGGGUGAGGGGGGCGGCUAAACGGUAAAACAAGUGAAGCAGAUAAAAUCGUAAAACCGGUAAAAAAAAAAACAACAAACUUUGUCAGCUAGCUGCUUCUGUAAAAUGUGGUUUCUUGGGAAAGUCUCCAGAAACGUCGAUUGGAAAUUGGAAAUCAGCGUCUGAAUUCCCAAAUGCAGGUUCGAUUCGACAAAGGAGGCUGAGCAGCAUUCAUUUAGAAACUUGGAACCCGAACCUUCCAGCGCUGCCCACUCGGAGUGCAUUUGGCCAGUUCUACGACGACAUCGACUACGAUGAGUGUUUAAAAACUCAAAAACAAAGCUUUUAAAAGGGGCUGUGUGUAAUUUUUAAAGCCAGCUUUUGUUAGAAGAUUAUAAGGAGUUACCUGCAGCAUACAGCUUCAUUUAGAAUAAAUCCAGAUUAGUUGGUCUCAGAGCUGGACGCUGUAAGCCAGUCUCAGAGGGAACAAGAUCAAAUGGAAUCUUUUCUUUUUUAAAACCAAUCCAAUCGCCACCUCAAUUUCCUGUCAAUAAUCAUCACAUUCUGUGUGGUUAGAUUUAAAUAUUUCCAGAAUAACAUUUGCAUAGACUGAUAUGUCAUUUCUCAGUCCAGAGUUGGUAUUGAGAUGUUAAAAGUCCACCUUGGUCACCACCUAAUUUAGGUUUACACUAAAUGAAAGUGUAAACCUAAAAUUUGCACUUUAGGUUAAACCUAAAGUGUAAACUUUAGGUUAUCAAUAAGAAAAGAUAUUAACUUUUCUUACCUACAAAGUUAAUAUCUUUUCAGGUAAGAUAUUAACUGCUUACAAUCUAUUAACAGAACCCCUGAACUCUCUCCUUUGAGUUUUCAAUGCCUUGAAAAUUAUGCCUUUUUUUUUUUUUGUCAAUGCUCAGAAUUUGGGAGAAUUAUUCCAAAACAACAAAAUUAAACUCGUCAACGAAAAAUCCGAGCGGAUCCCUUUGACGUCGCUCCCUAAAUUAUGCAGAAUCUCUUGCCGUCGUUCGUUUAUGAAUUUUUAACCAACGCUCACAGAAAUACCUAGGAAUUUGUUGCUUCACCGGGAAAACUCUCCUCCGUCUGUCGGAUCACCUGCUGGGUUUUCAGGACCGCGCUCCUUCUUUCGUCUAUGCGACCCGAAUGCGAACGACAUUAAAAACCUAAAUAAAAUAUCAGGAUGGCGCAUCUCUGAAUGCCGACUUUCUUUGCUCAGUGGUUGCAGGGAAAACAAAAUCACGAGCCUCGCAAUCCUGGGGCUUUCAACGCCAACGCUCUCACGGCUGCUCCAUCCGCCCACCAACACCUACAUGCCCUGUAGCAGACAGUCCAACGCUCACUGAUGCAGCUGGGUGAGGAAGCAGGUUACUGAAGCUGGUCGGGGGGGGGGGGUGAGGGAGGAUUUCGACUCCCAUCAUGCCCAGUCAUUGUGCCAGUUGGCCUUGCCAGCAUUCAUUAGGUGAAACGGUGGAGAAAAAGAAAGCCCCCUGAAGGGUGGAGGACAGGUAGGCAGGGUAGAGGGGGUUGGGGGGUGUAUAUAUAUACGGUGCAGCUUUGAACAAUCGAUACCAAAAACCUCCAGCGUGGAACUGCCCUUCAGCCACGGGCAGAGUCUCUCCGGUCAGAGGAGACCAGCGGGGCGCCGCCUCUGUACGAGUCCUGUGUAUCUAACGGCAGCUUUCUCUACUAACUCUUCUCUGUCUAUGUAAUGCAGUCAGGGUAUAAAGUAAGUGCACCCUUUUUCAGUUCUUUAGGACCUAAAUAGUAGACUAUCUGGUUCAAAACCGAAGGGAGCAACGUCAUAAAGCCACACUGCACAGUGUCGGUUCCUUAACACACUGUAAAAACACAAAAACUUACCAAGUAUCUUUCCUCUAGUUUUUAUAGUGAAUCUUAAAACACAUUAAAACAAAACUAACUUGCAAGUAACUUCAGCAAGAUGUAGAAGCUUGUUUCAUCCUUAAUAUUGAUGAAAAAAAAGGACUAGUGAUGGGGUGAAAUAAUCUGCCAUGGGAACGAGUUACUUCAUCAUCAAUAUUUAGAAACUAUUGGUCUUAAGCAAGCUCUUAUAUCUUUUAUAUCUUGCUGGAAAGUUAUUUGUAAGUUCAUUUUGUCUUACUUCAAGCGUUCUAAGAUAUUUUCAAUGGAAAUAUGAACAAAAAUACUUGGCAAGAUUUUGUGUCUUUGCAUUGCAAAAACGCAGAAACAGUUUGUACAAAAGUGUCGUACGUUACCAAAUCCAUUGAAUUUGAAUGUAACAAAACUGGGGCCCGAGCCAUGAACUGAAAUAUAAUCAUCGAAUAAAACCGCCUUUUAAAAAACAAACAAAAAAAGAAACUAACGUGUUCGAGCAGAUUGGAUCGGAAAGAGGGUGCAAAUAUUUUAUCAUGACCGCCUGAAAAAGAACCUCUUGUUUUUGAUUUCAACACAAAAUCUAUGUUGAUGUUUUCCUUUCCUUUUCAUUUUGCAUAGAGAUGCGAAUGGAAACUAUCCCAUAUGGGGGAAUACAAUCAUGACGAAUGUGGGAUUGUUGCACUUUUGUGACUUUUGAUGGCUUGAAUGUUGUGUGUUUUUGUUUUUGUUUCAGCCCCGUUAUGCAUACUGUGAGCACAUCGGCCAUUUAUCAACUGCUUUUAACUGCUUUCCUAGUGUGCAACCAUGUUGGGGGAGACAAUAUGAUACAGUUGGAGUUGAAUUAUUGUUGUUGUUUUUUUAAUUUCCCUCCAAAAAAUGUUUCAUAUAUUUAUUAGGGUUUUUCCUCUGGCUCUUAAUUUAUUCACUCAUCAAUAUAUCCCACGACGCUUAUUGAAUCAGAGGAAUAGUAGUAAAAUCCAAGGACAUGUCAUGCACCUCACGGGACUUUCCGAUUUGAAAUGCGGUAAAAUCCCAUUCUCGAUUUAGCCGAAAUCAAUUUCACAUUUCGUUAUCUUUCAGGUUACACCACUAUUUUUCCCUAAUGCUCCAGUUAAAACUGCAGCUCUGUCAAACCGUAAGCAAAUAAACUCUCUUCCUGAAACAAAUUUCUCCCCCCUCCCCUCAGACAUUUGACAGAUUUCAGAGUCACUUCAGAUGCAGCUUCGCAUUUGGUCCCCCUUCCUGUCUCUCAGCCUGUCAGAGCGGGUUUCCUGUCACUGUGCAGCUCCGGGUCCCCUGUCGUCUCGGAGGCUCAUCCGGGCCGGCUAGCUGCCACCGCGCGCUGCUCUGAUUAGCAUUGCGACUCCCAGCUCUUCUUGCGGCUGAGCUAAUGAGAUAGCUCUGGGUCACAGGGAAACGGAGUAGUACGAGUAGAAUAAUUUUUUAAAAAAAAGAAAAUACGAGGGGGGACCCUGAGCCACACAGAUGCCAGCUGUCCGCAGCCAGAUCUGAUCUGGAACCGUUGCACAGAGAACCACAACAUAGUAGUGAAACUUGUAAAAAAUAACAAAAAGAUCUAAGCUGAAAUGGAAAAAGGAAAACUGGUUUUGCAUAUUAAUCUUAACAUCACUUAAUAAUCUGCCUUAUCUUGCUGAUAACAUUUCAAUAAAUGACGUUUUCUCUGCCAAUUCCCCCCAGCUAGUCGAUCCUCGCCGCCCGCCACCAAACCCUCCACCUGCUUUCACAGUUAAAGUGCCAUUCCAGUUUGUUUCCAUCCGUCCCUCCAUCCUCACCUCUCCCUUCCCGUCCGCAGCAGUUGUCCACUGCGCUGUCAGCUGCAGGAAUGCUGAAUGCACACUUUAUACGUUUUGCCCAAAGAUUUGCAUAUUUGCAAGUGAACUGCUGUGAAUGUAGUAGAUGUAGUGGAUAGACCCACGAGGCAUCGUGGGAUGCAGAAAACGAGAGACAGAUGGAAGGUGGAAGGAAAGGGAUUGUUUUCUUUUUUUGUUUGUUUUUUGGUGGUUGUGUUUUUUUCUUACGCGACCAUCCCGGUAGAUCUUAAUUACAAACUCUCCAUGCUCCGCAACGUUCCCAGUCUGCUGGAAGCCGGAGCCGAACUCAUUGCUCAUGAAUGUAAAAUAAGGUGUUCAUGGUGUUAUGGAGGCGCCGGCGGCUUCAGCGGGAGGGAGGUAGCUGUAGUUCAACGUAACCGCUUAGGAUACCGCAGGUCUGCUUGGUCAAGUCGUUCCGAAUUAAACGUGGGCUUUGAGUCGAAAGUGUCGGCCUUAACGUUAUAUAAUCAUCACAGGUCAAAGUUCACUAUUCUCAUGGGUCGAUAAAGGUCAAGGGAAGUUGACAUUUACUCGGAAGUUAAUCUGAUUGUGGGAUUAUUCCAGUCACACACUUGGUAAUGUGAUUAUUUCAGAGCUAACCAUAUCUGAAGACAGACAUUUUUUGAUAAUUUCAGCUUGGUGAACUUUAUUAAUCUGAAUUUUACAAAGUUAUCUUUAUGUACGCCCCACACUUUACUGGGCACACCUUUUGGAAAAUUUAACUAACCUCUAAUGUGGUGUAUUGGGCAUUCUUGAAGCAGUUCUGUUGUACUUUUCAGCUCAUUUGCACACACACAGAAGACGCACUUCAAACCUUCGCAUUAUGUUUCACAUUUGCUGCCUUUUCGUUUCAUUUGAGAAUUAGAUUAUGUUUCAUUAUACACUGUGCUUUUAGAAUUAAAACGCCCAAACUAGCACAUGUAACUUAAGCCUACCCAUUACUACAUGAUGGAAAAUAACCAAUUGAGAGCAAGUCAAUUUGUGUCUUUGAUGAUUCAGACACCUGCUCAGUCUGUUGUACCUCUGCUGCAGACGUAAUUAUCAGACGUAAUUAAUGAUGGACGUAUUAUCGUGACAAGCUAGGUUUUUGAAAAUGCUUAUGAGUACAGAAGAAUGUCUUCAACUCACUAAAUACCAAGCUAAGCAAACAACCAUCUUGUUACCAAUCUUGCUAACCAUUUAAACAACUAGUUAGCUCAUCUUCUAUUGUCUAGCUUGUCUGGUUAUUAGUCUUUUUUUUAUAACCAAUUUGUACCAUGUUACGUCAAUCAUAAAUACUGCAAAUCUAUGCAGUAUCACUGGCAUGUGUAUAAUAAGCAUAUCAUUAUUUUAUGGUCAGGGUAAGGUGUAAUUAAUUGAUUAUUUAUGUAUUUAUUUAGCUUCAUUUGUUUCUUGCAGAGAUGUAAGCCGCUCAUUUUGGUAGUGAAAUGCUUAAAAUAAAAAUAAAAAAAUGCAUUCAUAAAAACACAGAUUUAGCUUUACAUAACAGAACUGUUUCAUCAUUUGUCCAAACUCCUUUCUAAUCCACGUUUACAACGUACUGACAAACAAAGUUUGUAAAACUUGGUAAAAGAGAGCCAAAAAAAAAAAAAAGCAGCAGCCAUUUGGGAGCAGAUAUUUGUAAACUAUGACAUGUAGGCCUUUGGUGAUCCCUUCUGGUCCCGGGUAGAAGACUCCUCUGAGAAACCAAACUUUUGUUUCCACAGCUUCCCUCCACCUUGUCCUGAAGAGAUAUUGUUACUUCUGGCAGCUUUUUGUAAAUAGUUUUAAGAUCUCUCACGCAGACUUCUUUCUCUGUGUGAAAUGAUCGACGUUGUGACGCCACACCGUCCGAGACGUUUCUCUAGAUCUGCUUUAGUUUUUGCAACCAUUGCACUACGUGAUCAUACUUAGCUCUUGCACUCUACAUGUGCGCACACUGCUAGCCUAGUCUGUUUGAGCACUCUGUCCAAUAUCCACUUAACAUUUAACACACAGCCAGGAUGCACUUUGCAGGACCGUUGUCUGCUGGUCUAGUCUCAACAGAUCGGACUGUCGUCCAGUGAAAGGCCCCUUUUCUUCACCGUUACCCUGGGGGAGUCUGUUGUACCACGCUAACUUUCAGUCCUGCUGUGACUUGGUUGAUUUUCUUGGUAUCAGUGCCAUCCAAGUGACUCCUUCUCUAACUAUUGUGUUUGUUCAUACUUGACGUGUUGGUAUAUAAGAGAUUCACGCAUUUUAACCCACUCACUUAAUUUUUUUCUUUAUUUUUUUGUCUGUACGUUUCACCUUACCCACCCUGCACCUUCCUGACCCAAACCUCAACAAUCGGAGCCCUCUGUGGCCCAGCAUGUUCUGGAGGAGUUUUCUCUUGAGCUACGCUCUUUGGUUAGACCGCGAAAGGUUUUCUGCAUCGGCAGCAGAUCUUUACAGUGCAAUCUAUCAAUCUUUUAUCCACUCUCCUGAUCCCUGUAGGUGCUCGCUCUCUAGUUUGUACUUCUCUCCCUUUUCUCGCCUAGAAAGCUUCCUCUUAUCUUCUGCUUCUAAAUAGGUUUGGUACCAAAACUUUCUGGCAUUUUAACAAGCAAUACACUAUUGUACAUGUUUGUUCACCGACCAGAUCGAUCUCUUUAUUGUAGUUGGGCUAAAAGUCUUUCAGAGGUAACCACUUUUAUGAUCUACUUUCAGAAAUGUUGAAAGGAAACUUGUCUUGGUCAGCUUCUUCUAUACUAAAGUUAUUUCCUGUGAAAAAUAUUUGUCCCUUAGCAGAUUUUCAUUCUCUUUUUUUUUUUUUUUUUGACAAAUUUUAAUAUCAGAAAGGGUUUUGAGAUCAUCAUUUCCUUUAGCAGAGUAAAAAACCCAAAACAUGUCAAUAUGACAAAAAGUAAUUGCCCUAAAAGAGUGUUUUUGCCACUGUUUGUGUCUAGAACUGCCCUUAAAUUUCUAUAAUAACCCAGAAAGAGUCUUACAUGACAGUGGAGGAGUUCCAGCCUCUUUUUUUGGAGAACUGUUUUUAAUUCAGCCACAUUUAAAGGUUUUGGGUCAUGACCAGUGUGUUUAAUCAUCUAUUUAAAAAAGGAAAACGUUUCUUUGCACAGCUUCUUUUUUUUGAUAAUAAUUGAGACCAUCAUUUGAAAACUGCUUUCUGUAUUCCCUCUGGUUAUAUUUGUCUAUUAAUAAGAGUAGUUUGUUGAUAACUAAUGGAAGCCUGAAGCUAUCUGGAGAGGGACAAAUACUUCUUUACGACAGAGUACAAAAGGCAACUUGUAUUGCAGUUGAAAGGUGUAUAAGGAAGUUUCUUCUGCAUAUAAUAUUGUAAUGUGAAAGUCAGCUGUGUAAAAAAGCAACAUUGUCAUAAAAAAACAAAGAAUGUCCAAACACACUUUUGAUCCUAAUGCUAUUGCUGAUUGUGGACAUACAUUUUAAAACAUCCUCAAAAUCAGCUGUGUUUUUUUUUAUUUAUUUAUUUCUACUAAAUGUCCUUGAAAUACUGACUGAAUAAAAUUUAAAAUGACUGAAAAGGUCACAAACAAACGGAUAAAUGCUUUAAGAUCUGGUUACGUUCCACUAUAAUUUGUAGCAUGUACGGUUAAAAGCUGCUGGGUUGCAACAAGGUGUUGCUAAUCGUCUCUCAGAAUAAUUCAAAUGUUCCUUCUGGUAUAGCAAGAAAACAAAACUCUAAAAGAGCCAAUCAUGGCUUCCACCAUAUAUUACCACUAGUUAAAUGUUGUCGUUUUUCAAAGUGGUUUUUUUUUUUUUAUCUAUUAAGUGAUUUAAAAUUACAUCUUCAUCGUAAAUUAACGUAAAAAAAUAAAAUAAAAUACAAGCGUAUCCGUUAGGCUGACCAACAGGGGCUCCUUGACUCGUGGUUCAUAUCAACAUCAUAAUCAUAAACCUUCACCCUACAUCCCACUCCCCUCACCACCACCUCUGUUCAGUUUCUCUUAUUUCUAAUUCGUUUGUUUUACUUGCAAUUUUUUGCUGUACAAAGUGUUUAAAAUAUUAUUUGUAUUAUAUGAUGUUAGUAUGGUAAUGUUCUUUAUUAAGGAAGAAGAAAAUUUAUUUUUGUUACCGGUCUGUUUCAUAAUUCUUUUCUAAAUUGGUAUUGUAAGAUAUCUAUGCAAGAACUGUUAAGUGGAGCAUUUUUAUUUAAGAAUGUAAUAUGUGUAAUAAAUGGUAGACUCUG